GUCAGUACAUGUCUUUACCCGCGUCGAGCAGCCCCCAGAGCUCCUCGGCGACCUCGAAGGGCGUCUUCGUCGUCGUGUCGAUGCGGAAGCGCUUCACGCAGUGCGCGUCGUCCAAAUGGACCGACCCGGCGAUGACGCCGUCGCCCGCGUCCGGCGCCCAGGCGAUCUUCGCAAUGUCGCGAUACAGCGCGACGGCGUUCUCGAGGACGCGCAGGCCGGGGCUCGUCGCCCGCUCUUCCGCGACGGCGAUUGAGGAUUCCUCCGAGGCCGGCGCCGACGCGAGCCGCUCGCGCUCGAGGUCCGCCAUCUCGGCCGUCAGCCGCAGGUACUCGGAGCCGUCGCCGCUCGCGCGGCGGCCCGCGUCCUUGGUGCGCGAGCGCAGGUCCUCGAGGCGCUCGGCGGCAUCCUCGGCGGCCGGCGUGGUCGCGGCCUCGUUCUCGGGCGCCGCCGGCGGUUCGACUCGCGCUGUCUGGCGCUGCGCUUUCGCCGCGUCGUCGAGCUCGCGCUGGGUGCGCCGCGUGUCUUCGCGGGCUUCGGCCAGGAGCCGCCGCACGGCCUCGCAGCGCGCGCGGAGUUUGGCGUCCUGUUCGGCGAAUGUGUCGUCGAUGGUUGUUACGGUCAUUGUUUGUCCACCGGCGGCCAGAGCCUGUUUUUUUUUUUUUGAAUUUGUAGGGCUGGAAUGCGUUUCCCCAGGACUGCUCUUUCGUGUGCUGUCGCACGGGUCGUCUGGAUGCUCGAGAUGCUGGCUUAUUGCGUCAGCGGAGGUUUUGGCGCCGAGCGCGGGCUAAAAAACGCGGC